AUGACGCCAGUUUGGGUGCGUUUAUCGAAUAUCCCAGUGAACUUUUACCAUAAAACAAUUCUGAUGGGAAUUGCGAAAGGAUUAGGAAGACCGAUUAAAGUUGACCUGACAACUUUAAACUUUGAGAGAGCUAGAUUUGCCAGAAUCUGCGUGGAGAUUAAUCUCCAUAAGCCAUUGAAGGGUACAGUAAUGAUAAAUGGUGAGAGGUACUUUGUCUCAUAUGAGGGAAUUUCAACUAUUUGCUCGACAUGCGGUAUGUAUGGACACCUAGUUCACGCAUGCCCACGGAAUGUUAUGGAGAGAGACCUUGCACCUGUGACCGACCCACUGAACAUGAACCUUCAGAAUACCGCAGUAACCGGGAAUGAGAUGGACUUUACACUAGCGAGACAGACAAGGGUUCCCGAGGGCGAUCUUAAGGUUCAGGGUGAGGAAGAGCGAGAUGCUACUAUGGAAGAUAUCAGAGAGAUGGGAAGACCGCCAGGGGAGCCACCAGAUGCCCCUGGUUCAUGGGUAAGGAAAGUAAUAUGA